CCACAGUCCACAAUCCACAACAACCAUGCGCGCGCACGCGUAACAUAUCGUCAUUUUUUACCUUAUGUGCCGGCAACGACAGUAUUGAUCGGGCUUCUGCCACGAAACAGCGCGUUAAAAUAUUGCUUUGAGCUGUAGGCACCCAAGCAAUUUUAACACGAGUUAAAGACAAUUGUUUUAUGAUGUAAGAGUGCUAUGAUGAAGAUACUGUGACUGCGGGGAAGUGUUUAUUCGAUAUGUCGAAGAUUCCCGAUGAUCAAGAUGAAAAGACAAGAUCCAUAAACACCACCGGUUCUAACUUGAAGCAGUUUAAAAAAAUCGGAAACUUACAUUCUGCCGAAGUCAACAACUCAUGUCCAGUACUAAAGGAUAUCGAUAAAACUAAAAAUGAAGUAAAAGAUAAAUUGUAUUUUAAACCAUUUUAUUCAUUAAUACCUCGAAUAAAUUUUAAGAUCGAUAAAAGUAAAAUGAACAAUUCUAAGAUUCCGGAGAUUCGUGACAAGUUAAAUGAAAUCACUAAGAAACAAGAUGAUAAUGUUGAUAAUCGAACUAGAAGUAUGAUUAAUGAUAAUUCACAACAGCUGGUUGAAGAUAAAGAAGGGGAUGUAUCAGGACCAUAUAGCCUAUUAUACUUUGAUCGUCAGGACAAAUCUGCGUCAUUUAAUCAAGAGAAAACAGAAGAGUCUUUGGUUAAUGAAGUCCUUCAGAAGCAAGAAAAUGAAGAAUGGUUACUAAAUAAAAAUAGAUGCUCUUACACAACGGAGAGUAUAGAAAGAUUACCAAAUGUAUUAAAUUUUGAUAACAAACCGAUGAAGGAAUUUGAAUACUCUUGUGAAAAGGAUCUUAAUUAUCGCUCAAUUAAUUCUUUUAAAACACAUUCUAGAUCAGAUUUGUGCCUUCAGCUCAAAACGCAUGCCUAUUCUCGAAAUAUCGAAACGAAUUUAAGUCCGAACGAUAACUCUUUAAGUAGAAAUAAUGAAGAAAAUUCUUUAGAUGACAGUUUGGGUAUAUUAACGCCAGAUCAAAUGGAUGAUAUUUGUUAUUUAGAAAACUCGUUUUCACCAACUGUGGAGAAUUUACCAUGUUUUUCGGAUACGAACACACCCGACAAAGGCGAUACUCCUUCCACUGAUAAGACUGAAACUAAUUCCGCAGCAUCGACAAUUCACAAUGAUGUAUUACAUAUAAAUGUGCGUAAUCCGCAUGACCUAAGUGGAAGGCUCAGCCAUAUAGAAGCCAUGAACAUUAUUGGGAAUAAUAAAAACGAUGGCAAAGUAGCGAAAAAUUCUAGUGACUUAUCAAAAUCAACUUUUGACAAUAUUUUAAGUAAAUCUGUUCAUCCUAAUAUUGAUCAGGAUGACACACUAGAACAGGCUGAACUAUGCCAUAGUGAUCUUAUUGAAGAUGAAUUUUUACCUUCAGUUCAUGGUAGCAUUCUAGAACCACCAAGCUGUCUUGCUGAUAAUACAGUACAUUUAGAUGUAGCAUUGGAAGGUAAUAACUCCACUCAUAUCAUAUCAAACAGAAUAGAACAAACACCAUCUCCUGAUGAUUUGCCACUGGAUAAUUCUGAUAUCAAUGGCGAAAUAAGUACAUACUCACAGUUUUCUGCUUCUACUCUUCUGGAUUCUAAUACAUUCUCUGAUAGUAAAAGUAACGAUUACACAAAAUCUAUGGACACAUCUAAAGUUUCAAAUAGUUUUAUAACAAGCAUAACUAGCAUUACAAGCUUGGAUGGCUAUCAAGGCGAUGGUGAAAUGUCGCGGCCUGUAAGUAGGAGUGCAGAACGUAUUGUUGGACCACGUGAAGAUGGUAUAGACAUGGACUGGCAGAAUAUUCCAGUACCAAGAAGGCCUGACCCUAUGACCGACUCUGACUUCUUUACAGAAAGUGACGCCGAUGGAUUAGAUGAUCACAUGCAUAGAGGUGAUAGAAGAGCACAAGUUAUAGAUGGCGCACUGUAUGGAGGUAAAAAUAAAAAUGGAAACCAUCCGUUAAUUGUUAAUAGGAGUGAGGAUUCAUGCAUGGAAUCUAGCGGAGUUUAUACGGAUUUUGAAAAUCAUCGAACGUCGCCUGUAUUUUUAAAUAUACUAAAUGACAUAUCGCCGACUUCCACAAUAUCUAGUCAUUCAGAUUGUAGCCAGAAACAUUUGGAUAUAUCAAAAGAGAAUAAUAUAUAUUAUUCUCCCUUAAACACUUCAUUAGAUGGUAAAGAUACAAGUGUAACACGCAUAAUUGGAGACGAAACACCCAAAAUCCCAAGUAAAAGAAAUUCGCUAAACAGUGAAAAAGAAAUGAAAUGUAACGAAAAAAAUAAGGAGGAGAAACGUUUUACGCUAAAGAAAUACAAAAUGCCGAAGCGCGAUGUUCCAAGCAAACUUAAAACUAUGUUGCAAAGUAAAAAGAUAGAUUCUGAUACAAGCACUCCAAAUAGUGUUACAAAAACAGCAAAAAAGCAAGAACGCAGUUUCUUAAAAAAGAAUAUCCUAGAAUUAAAGUCUGAUUACAAAAUAAGCCCGUUUAAGGACGUCAAGGCAAAAGUUGAUUGUUCAUUUUCUUUACAACGCUCACAAACAUCUUGUAGUGUUACGCGAAUGCUGAGUUCUAAAUCGCCAAAUCCGAAUACAAAACCUAAAAGUCGCCACAUGCGUAUGCGCAUGGAGAAGGGCUCAGCGAACGGCAGCGGCAAGAGCAGCAUGCACAGCUCGCAGAGCGACUUGAGCGCAACCAGCAUUCCUGUGGUCAAACAUGGCUCCAGUAGAUUCCCCUUACUCAGAAAUGGGAAAAAGCGGGAAAGCGCCCCUCCUCCCAGUACGCCAAGCCGGCCCACCCCCACCACUACUCAGCCACCCUCUGCUCAAGCCAAGAAGAAUGGUGUGGUACAGAAGCUGGCAUCGUCGCCGGUGACGACACGAGCGCGUGCUGCUCUCCCCCCACCGUCGCCGAGAAAACCGACGGCUGUGAGGACUACGCCGCAGAGACCCAGCUCUCUUACACCGGCGAAAGAGCCAUCCCGGGUGACGCCAGCGGUAGGGCCACGAGGCAAGCGGGCGCAGACGCCCCAACAGCCGCAACCAGCGAGUCGCACACCGGCCGCAGCGCUCGUCGCUCCGCCGGCACCGCUUAUUCCACAGCUGCCCGCUCCGACUAAGGAACAAACAGAAACGCUUGAGCACGCUGCAAAAGGCGUAGAAGCGCUCGGUGUUUUAGUACAAUAUUUAGUUUUCCGACUGGAUGCAUUAAAUGGCAAUUCUUGGAAGCAAGAAGCGGAGCGAUGGCGCGGUGUGGCUGCGGCUGAACGCAGCAGUGCCUCUCGUGCUGACCACGACCGUCAGCAACGGGCACAGAAGGACUUUGAUACCAUCGCAGAAUGCUUGAGCAAGAUCUCAGAGCUAGAGAUGGAAGUUUCUUCAAAAGAAGAAGAAAAUACUCGACUAAAAACAACUCACAGAGAUGAAGUUUCAGCCUUGGCAAAUGACAUCAGUGGAUUGAAGGAUACAAUAGAAUCCCUGAAACGUGAGGUUGCUGAGAGUAGAUCCAGGUUACAAGCUCACUCAGAGACUGAGCGGAAGCUAUCCGCGCAGUUAGAGGCCGCACGCACAGAGAUUGAUAACAAUAGUUCGUACCUGUCGUGCGGCUCAGACACGCGUUCAACUGACAAGUCGCUGUGCGACGCUGCCUGCGACCCCGUCUGCUGCGACGCCGAAGAGUUCCAGCUGAGGAUCAACCCUGAUGAAGAACUGAGUAAAGAUGCCAAUGAAUUGGCCGCUGAGGUGCGAUCACUGCGCGCCGUGAUAGAACUGAAACAAGCGGAGAUGGCAUCGCUGAGAGACGCGCGAAGUGAAUUGAACCUGGAACGAGAGCGGCGGAUAGCGGCCGAACGGGAUUUGUGCACCGCCAGACAAGCGGCCGAGGAGCUCCGGGAACGAGCGGCGGCCCGCCAGCGGGAGGCUGACAGGCUGAGGGACGACAACCGCAGGCUGAGGGACAUUACCGCCAGGGACCGAGAUCACGUCACCAGGCUGGUCGCGCUCAAUGAGGAGCUCAGAUAUAAACUGCGACAGAAGUCCCAAGUUUUUUCACUGUUGGCUGGCGGUGGGUAUAUAGAGCGCACUCCGAUGCGCACGCGCACGUCAUCGGGCGACUCAGUCCGGUCGGCAUCCCCCCCACCGUCGCCACCGUCACCUUCCCUCUCCCCGGACCCAGACUCGCCCCCCCAACCAGCUGUGAAGGGCGUGGUCGAGAAACACGACUCGGUGAGCUGGGUUUUAGAGAUUGAAGAAAGUCCCGAAGAAGUAGCCUCAAGGCUAGCCCGACGAUCAUCAUUCAGAGCCUCUGCAUCACCGAGCGGGGUGAAGCGGCGCGGCGGGGGCUCCCCCGGUAGCUCUCCCGCCCCCGCGUCCCCCGCACCGAACGCGUCCAAACUAUUCCGACCCGGCGACCUUGACUUCCCACCGCAUCCUCCUCCACUCAAGGAGUCCGCCGGGGAAGCUAUUUACAUUUACAACGAUCGUCACUAUUAAUACGAUAUCAUCCCAGACUGGCACAGAUACGGGAUACAGAUAUUAUGACUCCAUUUUGGCAGAAUUGACUCAACCACAAUAAUGUGUGACAAUGACAUGUUUGACAUUGACAUUAUGGCAUUUUUCGGUCAUUUCUGAUUCUAAGUUCGAGCUGUAAUAAACAAAUUAAACAUUUAAUGUGGAACCGUUGAUCCCCUAACCCUAAUGAGUGGUUUUAUCACAGAUUGACACAAACCUGUAAACGUGACACAAAAGGUUUUAAAAGGUUAAAAUCAAAAUGGCGGCGUGUUGAACAACAUUACCUCAGGGCGGUGGAGCAAUGGUCGUACCUGUCAUAUUAACGUCUGGUACUUCGGAUUCGUGAUUGUUGAAGUGUUUUCAUGGACCUGAUGUCACUAUGACAUCACUAAUGAAAUGCGGGUACUUACCAUUGACGUUCUAACCUUGGUAUAGCAUCUUCAUGUGAAGUGCUCAGCCAAUCAAAUUAUCUGCUAUCCCUCCCGAACGUCUGUGCCCCAAGUAAACUCUAAAAAGACUGUGCAAUAUAUUGGUUUUGAUAUAAUACGCUUAUUUAACAUCUCAAUGGUGAUAAUAAUUUGUCAGGAAAGGACAUAAUAUAGCUGUAUGUGUUGUGAUACAUGAUAUUAAUUAGUUAUGAUCUUGAGUUGAAGUGUUCGUGAAAUAUUCAUAAUCAGUGAGAAUGAUUACUUAAGAGAGACAGUUCGAAUUAAUUUUAAAGAGGAUUUGGUUUUGGUGUUACUUUUAUGUAUUUCAAGGACUUGGACUAAAAUGAAGUGUAUUUGAAAUGCGAACUGAAUAACUUAUUUAGCUAUUGGGUUAUUUACUACACACUCAAAGACCUUAACAAUACAUCAUUUUCUUUUUAAAUACUUGGUAGAUAUACGAUUAUAGUCGCGCCGAUAAAGAAAAGGAAUGAUAAUGGAGUUCCCUCUUUAUUUUUAGCCACGGGUAUAGAUUGCAAAUAAAUAAUCCAUGUGUAUUUAUUACUGAUGCUAAAUCAGUAUUUGAGUUGGAUAUUAAAUAAAACGUCAGCAUAAAAUCUUAAUAUGCGCACGGUACAGGGCUUGGUAACCCGCCAUUGUAAACCUUAUUCUUUAUCCGCGCGAUUGGUUAUUCUAGAUGUUACUCAUUGGUUAGUGCUAACAUUUUGUAAAUUUUGGAACAAUUCUUUAAUAUUUAGUCUCAUCCCAUGGGAAUUACUCCAACACAAUAUUAUCCCGAAUGCUACUUUAAUACUGUUAUGUAAUUCGCGCGCAAUCAAAUUGGUAUGGGACCUUGACCAAGUAGUGUGUACUCAUGUAAUUGUAAAUUGAUAAUUUUCGAGCGAAGUAACGUUAGCAAAGAAGUUUCUAAUUGAAAAAAGGCACAACUCCACUUAAACUCCAUAUCGACAUUACGCGUUAUCGUCCCACAUAAUUCGUGCUUGCUUUGCCAACGCUAUGGCUGAUGGAGUGUCUCAGUUCCCAUUCUGAUUGCCAGUGGAUUGCACUACAUUAGUAAAGAUGUUACCAAGGCUUAGAAACGGGUUUAUUUUAAGAGUUUGUUAGUGGUUUGUAUCUAUUAUUUCAUUCGGAAUAUAAACUUCAAGGGAUUUUUUAUAACCCUUAUUAAACGAUUAGAUUCUCGAAAUGAGACUAACGUACCUACCAAACGGAAUUCCGGACGCUUUUCUCUUGCGGUGGCUAACCACGUGAUACACAAAUAUUAAGUAAAAAUCAUUAAAACUGUUAUAAAUCUUAAUAAUGGAGCUUAAUAACCAAAAACUAUAAUCGUCGGUUAAGAUUAGAAUAAAAUCGUAUAACAAAUUCUCGAUAUCCCUAAGCGUUUCCAAGCCUUGAAAGUUCCCAUUAUUAGUCCGCCACAGACAUAGCUAUAAUAUUAAUAGCUCGGCAUAUUAUAUGCUUUUAAUAGUAGGCAAUGUUCUACAUCAGAUGUAGGGUUGAUGGCCAGAUGUCCCUGGCAAAGUAAAGUGUUAUGUUAUAUAGCGCUACACACUUAUAUUAUGAAUUGGUCUCUGCUGCGCUCCAACUAGAUACCGCACUAACUAGGGACAAUAGCUUUUUCAUUACGGCAACUAUUAGAUGCUUGUUUGCGUGGCAUCUUGACUCUCAAUGGCAUCUUUCAAAUUUUAUAACAUACGCUUCGUGUUAUUUAAAAUUGAAAUUAAUAAGUUACAAAAUACUUAUUGAUGAUAUUAUGUGAUCCCAGUGCCUGUCUUAUUUCUUAUAGUAUUAUUUUUACAAAGUUUUACUCCGCAACCCGGCAUUUUAGUUUCAAUUAUAAACAAAGUUUUAGUAGAACACGUGACACGUCAACGUCACACAUUGUUAGAGACUGGCUCCAGUACGCCCACUUGGGCAUUUAGAUGGAGCGCAGUGGAGACCAAUCUUUAAUCUAAGGCUACAUAUUAUACUAUACCUACUGUGGUCGCAUACCUUGCUAUACAUCAUAGCUCUAUAUAUUUUGUAGUUGAUACUAUGGCGGGCUAUAAUAUCACAAUAUUGUAAAAGUUAUUUAUGCAACUGUUGUGUUCUAAGGGGUGUUAAAACACGAAUGUGGGUGAUAAUAGUAUCACAUGAGUGUUUUAAUACAUAAUUAUCAACAGUUGCAUACAAGACUUUAUCUACACCCAUAAUAUGAAUCCUCUAUAAAAGAUUCUGAAACAGUUAGCUUACUGCUAACAUUAAAAAAGCUAGUCUUAGUAACCAUAAUCAUAAAUAUCAUCCAAAGGAGUGUUAAUAUGGAAACGGAUGAUAUAAUGUUGUACUGAAUUUCAUUACAACACUCGUUUGGAUGAUGUAAUGGUUAUUAGGACAUUGGGUGGUUUAAUGUUGGCAAUAAGCUAACUGUAGAAUGUUUGAUAGAGGAUUUAAAGCAUGGGUGUAGAUCAAAGUAAUUCACUCUUGCCGUAUCAGUGUGUGUAAUAUGGUCAUAACCUGGAUUUGAUUAUUCUAGUAAGUACCUAUGUAAAACGUAUUACUUAUUAUAUUAUUAUGUUUGUCUGUUAGUUUAACUUUAUGAGCUUACGGUAUUGUAUAUAGUAGAUAACUUCGUCUGGCGAUAUAUACACCGUUAUUUUAAAAUUACCAAAACAAACUGGUUUAUCACUUAUGAUCACUGAACAUAUUUAUGACAAAAAUAAAAACAAUAUCAAAAUAAUUUUUUCACGAAUAACAAAUCGUUCACAAAUUUUAAUUCAAUUCACUGUUUUUCUUAUUACAUAUUAUUCAUAAUUUUAUGAAAAUAAAGGACGAUACGAGCACGACCUUCAGCUGAUGGUAAUUGUUACGCCCUACCCAUUACAAUGCAGUGCUGCUCAGGAAUCUUGAAAAAACCCAAAAAUUCUGAGCGGCACUACAGUUGCGCUCGUCAUCUUGAGACAUAGCAUGUUAAAUCUCAUUUGCCCAGUAAUUUCACUAGCUACGGUGCCGUUCACACCGAAACACAUUACUGCUUCACGGCAGAAAUAGGCGCGGUUGUGGCCCAUCUAGCCGGCUUCCUCUGCAAAGGAGCCUCCCAAUGGUAAUAUUUUAUAUGGAGGUAAUCCUAUUACAGUCUUGUACAAAAAACUAACUUUAUAACCACCAUCUAUAACUUGUUACGCCACCUUUUUUUUGGUAAUUCAUAAGUAGUGGUGUAUAUGUUAUUAUAUUAUGCGUCGCCUUUGAGAUACAUUGUUGUUAUACCAGAACAGUACUUGGAAAUCCAUGCCGUAAUAUAUAUUUAUCUAUACCCAUGCUUUAAAUCCUCUAUUAAAGAUUGUAAAACAGUUAGCUUAUUGCCAACAUUAAAAAACCCAAUGUCCUCAUAACCAUUACAUCAUCCAAACGAGUGUUGUAAUGAAAUUCAGGACAAGAUUACAACACUCGUUUAUAUGAUGUUAUGGUUACUUGGACUGGCUUUUUUAAUGUUAACAGUAAGCUAACUGUUUCAGAAUCUUUUAUAGAGGAUUCAUAUUAUGGGUGUUAAUAAAGUCUUGUAUGCAACUGUUCAUAAUUAAGUAUUAAAACACUCAUGUGAUUCGUGUUUAAUACUCUUUAUUACACAACAGUUGCAUAAAUAACUAUUAUUAUAAAUGGCGGGCUCUUUUUAAUAAAACCUUUGACAUUUAUUUAUUUUGUGGCUUAGUUUUAUUCGAAAUGAUUUUUGUACCUGGCAAUUGCAUCACUUAAACUUCUAUUUCAUUUCUUUCUUCUGUGUCUGUUUUAUUUAUUACCUGUUAUUCUAGUCUUUCAUCUAAGUUCUAAUUUUAGUCUAUCUAUUAAUGUGUAUUUACUUACUGGUGCAAAAUUGUUAUUGAAAUCAAAUCUCUAAUAGUAAUUAGGCCCUGCCAAUAAAUAUUAGCUCAUGUGUCAUUAGGUACGUGUCUGUUAAUGAAAUUUUUGUCUUAAUAAUAUAGUUUAUCUUUGUUGUAUUUUUUUCAUGUACAAAUGAUGAUAAUAAUUGUAGAGUUACUUGUAGGAUAAAUAGGUGUGAUAGAGCGUACAGCUUUCUAUCAGAUUCAAUGUAUAAAUGAUUCUGAUAAAAUAGUUUUUAAUAAUAGAUUUUGAUAUAAAUUGUAAACUUUAAUAAACCAAAGAGGCAUUUUCACCUUCACUCUUUGUUCUCUACUUAUCUCAGCCUUUAUUGCAUGUCGUUAUAACUCAAACGAAGUGAAACUUUUAUUUAUUUUUAAGCUAUGUAUACAAUAAUACCAUUCCAAAUUUAAUUACAUGAUUAUCUAUCGAUAAUAAUAAAUUGUAUGAUUAUG